CGCAUGCGCGGUUUCUCUUGUUUUCACACGCGUGAUGGUUUAGCGUCUGGUUACACUUAAAUCAACUUGAGUAGCUAAUAAGUCUAAAGUCUGUUUGUAGCGGAUGUGUUUAUAUCGUAUUAUGGCUUCGUUAUAAAACUGCAUCGUCGUUAUAAAACCUUGCUUCGUUAUCUCGGAGAGAUUCCUCCGGGAGUUCAGUGAGCGGUGAGCCAUUUUGUCUUUCGGAAAGCCGACUGUGUCUGUCAGUGACCGGAGUGACCACAGUAAAUGUUGUCCAACCUCAGUUCAUGUCAGAAAUGUUUGAUGCGAAACAAUAAAAGAGUGUGAGCUCCUGUGGUCAGUUUAGGCUCUCUUGUGGAUUGAGGAGUGGACUGUAAUUGUGCAAACUAACCCAACCGUCUUGUCCUUGCGCAGUCAUGUCCGGUUUGUCCAGUUACGCGGUGCGCAUGGCGCGCCUUAGUGCGCGCAUCUUUGGAGAUGUGGUGCGUCCCACGGAUUCCAAGUCCAUGAAGGUGGUGCAGUUGUUCAAGGAGCCGCCCAUGGCCCAGAGGAAAGAGGUGUACGACUGGUACCCCCAGCACAAGAUCUAUUACUCCCUGACCCAGAGGCUCCGGUACAUGGGGCUCUUUAGAGACGAACACGAGGACUUCAAGGAGGAAAUGCGUCGUCUCAGGAAGCUGCGUGGAAAAGGAAAGCCCAAGAAAGGAGAAGGGAAGAGAGCCACGAAGAAGAAGUAGACAAGAAGACACUCUACACCUGGACCUGUUUGUUGAACAUGCUUGAGGACCCUUAAAGAUGAGUUCCUGCAUAUAAAUAUGGAUCAUGGGACGUUCGUUUUGAACGUAGUGACCGCCACCGAGCUGUCGACGGAAUGUGCAAAACUCAAGGACUGUAUUCAGUUAUCCUUGUUGUGGGUGUUAAAAAUAAUUUCAUUUUGAAUUAAAUAUUCAUUUUUAUUUAA